GAUGAGAAUGAUGAUGCGCUAAGUUUAAAUAUCCUCACCAUUGUCAACAUGUGCUAAACACAGAAAAAUCUUUCUAUUUUCUCAAUUGGGUUUUGAAAAUGUCAAAAAAAAUCAACACUAUUUUGUCUCACAACAAGAGGUUAUCUAACGAGAAUGACGAAUCGUCAGAGAUGGAAGAUGCCAAAAAAUUACGGUCGGCUAACGACGAUGCGACUAAACCGGAAAGACCCCCUUUAAUGCCUGUGACACAUAUACAUGGACGGUUGUCGCGCCGGUACUACAAGAGAGCCGAUGGUCGGGACUGGGAUGAUGUUCCUACUUUUUCUGGAAACACAAGUAUAGGAGGGGCAGGUGGUGGCGCAGAAAAUUAUGUGACCACAGCAAGUAAUGAAAUGUCAAUACCUGAGGAUCCACAAAAUCCAGCAGUAACAUCUGAUACACCGGCUGAUGUUGAUAAUGAUCAUGAAUGGGAGGAUUAUGACGUCUCGUUGGACAACGAAACUGAAGAACCAUCCGAACUUGAUGUCGAUGAUAUCGUUCAUGAUAUGACUCUCAAUGAAUGGAAGGUGGUUGAAGCAACACAAAUUAUUAAGAGAUUCGUGGAGAAAAUUAGUAGUCGAGUAACAACAAAGCAGAAGAAUGUGUCACAUGGCGUCGUGAAAAAAGAAUUAAAUAAGAUUUUGGAGGUUUUCUCUGCAACGGAAAUAGAGAACAAGAUGCCGCUGGAAGACUACAUUGAAAACAUACCUACGCCUGCUAAUACCGAGUUAGAUGGUGCAGUGGUGAAACUGGAACGACGUUUCGAGCUCCGAAACAACAAAUCCACUUCUGUCCAAUGUCCAAAAACAGGAUGCAAUAAGAAAUUCGACAAGUUGUAUAAUGCUAAGAGACAUUACAUCACCAUUCACUUGAGGUUGAAGUUAUGGAGGUGUAUUAAGUGUUUGAAAACCUUCACUCGGUACAAAAACCUCGCUCAUCACGUAAAGUCGGUUCAUUUAGAUAUCGUCCGUACAUGUGGUGUCUGUCAGACAACUGGAUCAGAGUGGACUAUACAAAAGCAUGAUAUGUGGGGCCAUUAUUGUCCAACUGGGGAAAACGUUUUAUUUUCCCCUACAGAGGGAAAGAUUGAAUAUCGACUCUUCAUAAUCGAUUAUGUUACAGUUGGCUACGGGUAUACAUGGAAUGUCUUCAAAGUGAACUGGGUAAAUGAAAUGAACGAGCCAGUCAAACUAUCAGUUGGCAUUUCGAGAUUUCUGGACCUGGAGAAAGUAAUGAAUGAAUUCUUGAGGACAUUAUUACAUGCAAUGGCCAAUCCGGAAAAAUAUGCAAGAUGGGUUUCAUCAUGUGGAAGCGCCCGUAAGCUAAUCAGAGCCGGACUACGUUUGGAUUGCUCUAGUGCAACAUCACUCGGGAUACCAUCCGUCUCGAAGUCUGUGGCAACCCAAGCCAAAGGAGUAGCACGCCAACACUAUGGUGCUAGCUUCAUUAUUGCAACACAUGAAUCAAAACUGUAUCUCAUUAACGAAAUGCCAAAUAUCGAAGAGCAACUCGACUCCUUCCUUGAGGAACUUCCACCAGACAACAAAAAAUUUGUUUUAGAUAGUCGACGAAAGAAUUAGAAUUUAAUUUCAAGUCAUUAUUCAAUCAACUAAUUAAUUAAACUGUUGUUAUCAAUAAACAUUAAAUUUACUCACCAUGA